AUGUCGGGGUCGCAGCAAGCCAACAUGUCGAAGCCCAGUAUCAGCCUCACGCACGCCUUCACCAUGACUCUGACCGUGGGUUCGCCUCACGCCACACCCGGAACGCCCGUCGGCGACCGAUCCUUUAUCCCCGUCACUGGCGGCACGGUCAAGGGCGAAGGCGUCGAGGCCAAGGUAACUCCCAACGGCGGAGACUUUGCCAUCGUCCGAGACGGCUACGGCAAGCUCGACGUGCGCGUCCAUGCCAUCACCCAGGAUGGCGAGGCGCUCUACAUCCAGUACUACGGUCACCUCGAGGUCACCCCCGCCGUCGCCAAGAACAACUCUUCCGAAAACCAUCCAGGAUUGAAAUUGAUUCACGCUCUGAUGUUUCCUGAUUCCGGUCGCUCAAUCAUGUCCACGCUUCCGUUCGAAAAGACGACCCCCGUGAUCGAGGCACCCGCCACCUCGAAGCUCGCCUGGCUCAAUCGCACCGUCUUUGUCGGCAAGGGGCGCUUCGAGAUCUCUUCGGACGGUCUUGCAGUGGUGUACGAGGUCUUCAAGGCCAAGUGA